GCGGUAAUGAUUGGGCCCCGUCUCAAAGCCUGCCUUUUUGUGAUAGGACGGUGGAAGCAGUUCUCCCUACCCCCUCCUCACAGCGACACUCGCCGUCUUACACACACACAUUUCUCCCUGCAUCCUCUUUCUUCACCUUUAUUGCGCUGUAACCGAGAUGGGAUUAUCCAGCCUGUCGAGUCUUGUUGCAUCUGGAUGAAAUGCUUUUUGACACAGCAGCAUCAAUGAGGACGGACUCCCAGCUGAAGAUGCAACAUGCCACCCACAUCUCAGCGUCACUGAGAGAACGGGGACCGGAUUGAAAACCCCUUAGUUGAAUCGUUCUCUUUUUGUUUGUUUUUUCGUCCAUCGCACGUCUUUUCUCGUUUGCUAUUUCGUUUGGGCCUACAUGCACUGUUUCAGCGUUACGCACGUUAAGUGAACUGCUGUGUCUUUUCCAUUUUCUGGAACUAGUUGUGAUGAACCCCCGUCAGACGGCAGAGCCAUAAAGGCAUGAAAAAACUGGCUUUGACAGCGCAGUGAGCAGGACUCUGGAUCUGAAUGAACUAGAGAAAGCUCAAGAAUGCUACCAGGACGAUGACAUUCACUAAAUUGCCUUCACCACACAUGAGGCCGAGAAUAUGUAAGGUCCCUUUGGAGCUGAUUGUCCUCAUUUUGGAAAACGUCACAGCGCAGAGAGGAAGGAGGACCUGAUUUAUCUUUUCUACGUUUUCCUUGGAUAUGCCAUAGAGACUCUUGCUUUAAAAUGGUUCAGGCACGGAACUUUACCAGUGCUGUUUUUGUUAAACUCUCCCUUUUUAUAAGGAUUUACUUAUUUGGCGCUUGAGGUUGAGUGACAACCAUGACAAUAACAGUCUUUUGCCUGGCUUCAGACACCUUACUUUAGCUGUAAACAAACCACUACAGCUUAUGAACUGCUGGAGAAUGGAAGGACAGUGACAUCUUUAUCAUUUUCAAGCCAGUCUGUCACAGCUGAUCCAUGUAAUUCUCCACCAGCAAAUGAAAAGUCUGAGAUGGCCCGGUCUUGGCUGGGCACCUCAUUUUGUCAUAUUGAUCUCGUCUGUGCUGUUUAACUUUGACACAGAGUGAUGUAUGACCUGUGCACUCGGCCUGAGCAGCCAGAGCCUGCACCAGCACACACAGACAUGGAGAGCCAUGAGGUGGACCAAGCUCUCGGGCAACAACAGUCGGAGUUGACGGGGCCCGAAGAGCAGGAUAAGCAAAAUGGGCUUGUGGCCAAGGCAGUCCCAACCACAACUAAUAUCACAACUACAUCGUUGUUAGGGAAAAGGCACCACUCACUUUAUGCAAACCUCAAUGGUUUUGAAGUUGAAGGCGUACACAAGAAUGGUACUGACUAUGGGUUCUUGGUGCGUCAGAACUCUGAACUCCUGCGAGCCCUCGAUGAGCUGGAGAAGACUUGUACCACACUGAGGGAGGAGAAUGGCCUGCUGUGGAAGAGCAGCGCCCCAGAGACGGAGGAGAAGGUCAGGCGGCUGAGGAGGAAGAACACUGAGCUGUCUGUGCUCGCUAAGAGGCUGGAAGACAGAGCUCGCAAACUGCAGGAGGCCAACCUCAGAGUGGUGAACUCCCCGUCGCUGAUGAGACCCGGGUCAGUGGAACAGUACAAGAGGGCGUUCGCCCGUCAGCGGGCCCGGGACCUGGCCCAGCACGCCGACGCUCUGCUGUCUAAAGACAAAGAAAUCGCCGCUCUGCAGGAGGAGUGCAGAGAGCUGGAGUCACGGCUGGGCACCACCAAGGGCUCCCCUCUUCCAUCUGGCCGAGUGGAAUUCGAGAGGCUUCUCAGGGAGUCUCAGAGGGAGGUGCUGCGGCUCCAGAGGCAGCUGUCCGUCACAUCAUCUGGGCAGCAGCACGACCACAGUCCCGACCUUGGCGGCCCGGCGAAGUGUGGGAGGAUCCAGGAAGAAGAGGAGGAGGAAGACAAGAAAGAAGAUGAGGAAGAUAAGGUUGUAGGAGAGACCCCAUGUGUGGUGUUAGAUGAAGCUCCAUCCAGGUGUGAGAAGACUCCCGGAGAGAAGGAGGAGUCGGGACUGCGAGUAACGCCCCAAACGGGCCUUAGCCCGACCCCCUCCCAUCAGGAGGAGCACACAGAGGAGCAGCACCUACAGUUUCUGGAAAGUGAGCUGAGCAAGAAGAGAAAAGAAUGUGAAAACUUUGAGCAUGAAGUAAAGAAGCGACAGAAGAGAUGUCUGGAUUUGGAGAGCCAGCUUGAGGAUGAGCGAGGCAAAAAUGAGCGACUAAAGGAGGAGGCAGAUCUCCUCAGGAGGAAGGCACUGCUGCUCGACCAGACUCGGGCUGAGAAUGAGGAGCUGAGGGAAGAUCUCUCUGAAGUGACCGCUCAACACAAUUCAGUUCUCGAGGAGAACCAGAGACUCCGUGCCAAACUGGAGAACCUAGAGCAGGUCCUAAAGCAUAUGCGUGAGGUCGCCGAGCGAAGGCAGCAGCUGGAAUUGGAACAUGAUCAGGCACUGGCUAUCCUUAAGUUCAAACAGGAUGAAAUCAAACGGUUACAGCGGGCUCAGUUAUACGCCAAGAGGGAGCAUGAAGGAGUUGUUCAGAUGCUGGAGGAGUUGACGCAGCUUGUGUUGCGGAGGGAGCUGUCCAAGGUACGAGACCUGGAGGAUAAAUGUCGCAGCCAGAGCGAACAGUUCGGCCUGCUAUCCCAUGAGUUGGAGAAGUUUCGACUACAGGCUUCGAAGGCGGACCUGGCCAGCGCUGGCCUCUUCAACAACGCCAGCCUCUCGGUUCUGACCAACGGGGUGGGCCUGACCUCGGAGCGAGACUGCACUGAUGGCUCAUGGGAUAUGGUGUCUUUGGGCGAGAUAGCCUUCUGGAGUCUCGAGGGAGGUGACACUCUCUCCUGCCCUGAGGAUGUGGCCGCUGCGCUGCGUCUCGGGUCCACCCCCCACGCUGCAGGGCUGUCCAGGGUGGAGCGCUCGCCCGUCACCAAGCAUCGAGAGCUGCCCACCAUCAGCGUCAGCAAGUCUUCCUCCAGCAAGUCAGAGCCCACGCACCUCACCCCCAAGUCUGACACGCACCUCAGCCCGCACAAAUCAAGCCCAACUCACGAGGUGGACACCGCCAGUGAAGUGGAGGAGCUGGAUAUUGACGUCGCCCCGGUUCCUUUCACAACCAGCAGAGCAGCGGCAAAACUUCAGGUCUUCAUUGCAAGAUACAGCUAUAAUCCAUAUGACGGCCCCAAUGACAACCCUGAGGUGGAGCUUCCACUCACUGCCGGAGAAUACAUCUACAUGUAUGGAGACAUGGAUGACGAUGGCUUCUAUGAAGGUGAGCUGAUGGACGGACGGAGAGGGCUGGUCCCCUCUAACUUUGUGGAACGCGUAUCGGACGACGACGUCAUGAGCACUCACCACCCAGAGACGGGGGACAUGUCCCAUAACUCCCUGCUAGACAGCAGCCUGCACAGUGCCAGCCACCAGCAUCACCUCCAGAUAGGCAGGACCGUGGCCCCAGCUGCCCCGGCUGCCCCGGCUGCCCCGGCUGCCCCGGCUGCCCCGGCUGCCCUGCCCCCCCCCUCAGCCCCCUCAGAUUCAGCAUCGGCCUUGGCUGUCCCAGCCCCCCUCACCAACGGCCUGGACCUGGACUUGGAGGAGGUGGGAGUGGACGUUGUGCCUUACCCACGUAAGCUUACCCUCAUCAAGCAGCUUGCCAAGAGCAUCAUCAUUGGCUGGGACCCUCCGCUGGUGCCGGCUGGCUGGGGCAAUGUGUGGAGCUACAAUGUGUUUGUGGACCAGGAGCUGCGGCUCAACGUGCCCUUCGGGGCCCAGACCAAAGCAGUGCUGGAGAGGCUGGACAUAAACCUCAAGGCCUACCGCGUGUCAGUGCAGAGCUUGACGGAGAAGGGCCCGUCGGACCAGAUGCGCUGCAGCAUGCUGGUCGGUCGGGACGUGUGUGUGGCGCCCACGCAGCUGCGUCUGGAGAGGAUCACCGCAACCUCUUCCUACCUGUCCUGGCUGCCCAGCAACAGUAACUAUGUGCACAUUGUGUCCUUGAACGAUGAGGAGUGUGAGUUGGUGAAGGCUGGCUGCUGCUCGCUGUGCCUCAAUAACCUCCUGCCCAGCAUGCAGUACAUGGUCAAGGUGGAGGCGCGGCCGCACCGCACGCCAUGGGAGUUACCUGUGGAGAGACGGGAACACAGGAGCGCCACCAUCACCUUCACCACACUGAUGGCAGGUCCCCCCGAUGCUCCUCUGGAUGUCCAGCUGGAGCACGGCCCCUCCCCCGGCAUCGCCCUCAUCAGCUGGCUGCCUGUCACUAUAGAUGCUACCGGGACCUCCAACGGAGUCAGGGUCACUGGAUACACUAUAUAUGCUGACAAGAAAAAGGUGCUGGAGGUGUCUUCCCCCACAGCGGGCAGUGCGCUGCUGGGCCCGUCUCAGAUGCAGUCUCUGCUAGCAGCUCAGGAGCUCACUGUCCGCACCAUGUCCGUCCACGGGGAGUCCUGCGACUCUCUGCCAGUCAAUGUGCCCACCAAGCUGGCUGCCAUCAUGGCAGGACCGGCCCUCCCCGCCCCAGUUAUGCCACCUCAGCCCUGCACCCCUACAGGAGUCAAUAGCCUGUCCUCACCUCCGUCCUAUGGGAACUGUGCUGCCAAAGUCUCCAUGCUGCCAUCAGACUCAGACACCUCUGGCCUCGCAGGGGAGGCUGCUGCCAACCCUUCUUAUGCUCUCCACUCAGAAACUCUUCACUGGUCUGCUUCAUAUGUGAACGCCUGGGCCAACCCCUCCUCUGCUGCUGCCUUUGCUGCGUGUGAGGCCGCAUUACCUGCAGCCUCCAACAUUAUUCCAGUGGUGAACGUGAUCUCCCCGACCUCCUCAGCCCCUAGACCACCUCCAGUAGCAGUAGCUGCCCCAGCCCCAGUGAUGGUAGCAGCAGCAGUGGCAGCAGUGUUGGAGCAGCGCAGAGACCCUGACAGCCCUGGGAUCGUCCGUCCUUUCCCAUCCAUCUCAGACUUCAUCGAGAACCCCAGUGUCAGUGCCAAGCUCGGGACCCCUGAGCGCAUCCCUACCCCGCCCAAAGCCCCAAUCACGGACCUCCUUAACCCUCAGGACAUUAACAUCCACCGACCCCCCAGCUCCUCACCGCUGGAGUCCGAGGCGGAGGAGGAUCAGGAGAACACCCGCAUGGUGUCCAUGGAGGAGUUCCUGAGACACGAUCCAGAGCCGACAUACAGCAGGAACCAGCAGAGUCACAGCAGAGGGCUUGUGGAGCCUCCCAGUGACUACCUCGCAGACAAAAGCCAUUCAGAUCUGUCGGACAUCCUGGAGGAGGAGGAGGAGGAACUCUACUCGGACCACUUCGGACACGCACAGGCCAGGGGCUACACUGUCAGGUCCAACAUGUCACGCAAUGUGCGGACUCCAGACAGUGAGGAGGAGCUACCUGAGAGGAUUCUUAAGUUGCCCCCUGAGGUGCACCACGACCAGAUGUUCAUCAUCCCUGAGGAAGAGAGCAGUCAAGAGGAGCGUUUAGCCCACCGUGGUCAUCCUCGGCACAGGCCCAGCCCCCACCAUGACCCCCAGCAUUACCCGCAUCACCACAAUUUACCCCCUCACCAUCACCACUUCAACAGGGAUCCCAGAACCCUAACCACAGAGCCUUUACUCCGGCACAGACCUCGGACGCAGCACAUGGGUUACCCUGAAGAAGAAGACAUGAAUUUAUAUGAGGGUCCCAGCAGCAGGCGGGUCCGCUGUCCCCCCCAGGUUCCCCCCUACAGCAGAGACAGAUCGCUGCUCAAAGGCCUCGGGGACCGCCUCAGGAGGGAGGCCAUGAUCAGGAGUCAGAUGGCCGCCGCCAUGAACCCCGGACUCAUCCCGCCAAGAACUCACCCGGUCAGCCAGGUGAAACAGACUCUGAUGCCGCCCCUAGGUCACGAGGUGGAGAUUGACGUGGAUUACGGCACAGACGAGGAGGUGGGGAUGGAGCAGAUGUGCUCUGAGUGGUGGGUGGAGGGGGCUCCGAUGGAGCACGGCAGACCCGCUCACCGCAGAGGAAUGAAAGCUGACCCGCCGGAGCCCAGUCAGAUCCCUCCAGCUGAGGCGGGUCCAUCGUGGGGGGUGCAGGGUGAGCCCCCUUGUAAACCAGCUUCCUCACAGGCCAGACAACUCAGAGGUGAUGUCGAUUCACCAAAAAUCAAAGCAGACGGUGACGUCCGUAUCUUUGUGGCCCUCUUCCCUUAUGAUCCCGUCGUCAUGUCACCCAAUCCUGACGCUGCUGAGGAAGAGCUGCCUUUCUCUGAAGGACAGAUCAUCAAAGUUUUCGGAGAUAAAGACGCAGACGGGUUCUACCGAGGAGAGUGUGCGGGUCACCUGGGAUACGUGCCAUGUAACAUGGUGUCAGAGAUCCAGGUGGAGGACGAGGAGACCCGGCAGCAGCUCCUGCAGCAGGGCUUCCUGUCCACAGCCGCCUCCAUGGAGAAAAUAGGCACUCGCACACAUGCACAGCUUCCCAGUCGCCCUGUUCCACCGCCGAAACCGAGACGAUCCAAGAAAGUGGAGUCUGCGGCGCUCUUGGAGGAGAGCUUAGACUCCUCCAGCCAAGAUCCCUGCCAGACUGCCGCUCCACCUGCCGCUCCACCUGCUGCUCCACCUGCCGCUCCACUUGCAGCUCCACCUGUGGGGGGCCCGGCCCCAGGAGCUCGCAGGAUGGUCGCCAUCUUUGAUUAUGAUCCUCGAGAGAGCUCUCCCAACACUGACAUAGAGGCUGAGCUGACCUUCAGUGCAGGAGACAUCAUAAAUGUGUUCGGUGACAUGGACGAAGAUGGCUUCUUCUAUGGAGACUUGAAUGGACACAGAGGCUUGGUGCCCUCUAACUUCCUGCAGGCCGUACCAGAGGAAGCUCCUGCUCAGUCGGCACCAGACCAUAGGAAAGAACUACAGGACACCUGGACGUCUUCUACAGAGGAACAAGAUCCUGGGGCCUCAACCCUAGAAGAAGCUUUGCCCCCCCUAGCAGAACCUCCUCUCCCUGACCCAGCAGAGCACACAGACCUGCCCCCCAAACUGGCCCCCACUUCAAGCCCAGCAUCAGACCCUUCUCCUGCUCCUGCUCCUCUUCCUGCUGCAUCAGUGGAGGCCUGCGGCUCCCCUCCGGCCCCCCUCCCUGCAGACAGCCCAUCAAAGACAGACUGCUCCCCACAAGGCAAGAAGAAAAAAAGCUUUUUCUCCAAAGGCAAGAAGCUGUUCAAAAAGCUGGGAUCCAGCAAGAAAGAUUGAGUCGGCACGUCUGACUCAUUCUUACUACUCGCGUCACAUUGAAAGCACUUUUUCUAUCUGUUAGUCUCAGUAUCUGACGGUUAUUCUACUUUGGCCUUAGAGCACUGCUAGCAGCUGUUAACUUUAGACGACAUCAAUGUACCGCUUACAGCAUCACACGGGCAUGUCGAUGUGCAUGUCGAAGUGUGCGAAUAUAUCCUCUAAAUACUACCUAACUAUCUAAGCAUUUGCAAAUGUUCAUAGGCUUUAACGAUCAAUAUAAAUUACUUAUUAGUCAAUGGAUCGGUUUUAUUUAUAAAAAUAGAUAGAACAGCAGACACACAGCUAAUGAAAUAUUAAAGUUCAUUUUCUGGUGCCACUUUAUUUAUUUAAAAACAAACAGACGCAGCCGUCUAUCUUUUCUCCCUCUGUGUAACUGUUAAGAAUACACUAUCCAUCCUGAGUGGAUGCAUUCUAAAUGUCUUUCUGCAUGUCCCUCUCAUUGUUUCUUGUCUUUGAGAGUAUUUAUACUUUGUACAGAACAUGUUAUUUAUUUGUGUCAGACUCUUGCUUUAACCACAUUGCAGGAAGUGACAUCAGGACAGGAGGUUAGUCAUGUAGAGAGGUCACAGAUAGGUGUAGUAUUAUAUUCUUUAGUAAUGGGCUUUGAGGCUAGCAGUCAUCGAAGGUAAAGAAUGUGAUGUGUGUGUGUGUGUGUGUGUGUGUGUGUGUGUGUGUGUGUGUGUGUGUGUGUGUGUGUGUGUGUGUGUGUGUGUGUGUGUGUGUGUGUGUGUGUGUGUGUGUGUGUGUGUGUGUGUGUGUGUGUGUGUGUGUGUGUGUGUGUGUGUGUGUGUGUGUGUCUGUGUGUGUGAACAGAUGCCCUUUCAGACAUUAGCGUAGCAACAGUCAUAACUGGCCUAAUUGUCACAAACUACGUGCAGUGUGCAGAAAUCAUGUAAUAUCUGUUGAUCGGUAGGCUGCUCUGUUAACUAAGUCAGCUGCAACUGAUGUUUAUCGUCAAACCAUCAUUGAAUCAUGAAUUAACCGUUGGUAUGUACAGCAUCACAGUUUCUUACAGCCAACAGUGUUUUAUCAUGAAAUGACUUGUUUUGUACGACCAACAGUUCAAAACCCAAACAUUUUCAGUUAACUGUAAAGUAGGAAAAGGAAAAGCUAAUUCUCAAAGCUUAUCCUUAAAUCCAUCAAAUAAUUUGCUUAACUUUCUCUUGAUCGACUAACCCAGGGGUUUUCAAAGUCUGAUUCAAAUAUAUGUAGCAGAGUAACAUACAAUAUUUGCAAUAAAAUGUAGUUGAAUAGAAGUAUAAAGUAGCUUUAGCCCUUAUUUGUUAAUAUUUGUGUUAAUCAACACAAUCCAAACCAUUUGAACACUUCCUGUGUGAAGUGUUGCCAUGAUAUACUGACAGUUAUCACUUUAUAACUUUGAUACUGAUGAUACUCAGGCAAAUUCUAGAGUUUGAAAACCUCUGGACUGAUUGAUCAAUUGAGUUGCAGAUCUUACAGAAGACUAUUAAUGCUAGAAAUAAGAAAAAACUCAAAUUGAGGAGAAACCUAUUUUAUAUUUUGAGGAUGAAAAGAAGAUCUUUAAUUGAAAUACAUUUUGGGAAAUAAACAAUGAACUCUUAGAAAUAAAUAAAAAAUAAUUGCUGUAGCGCAUACAUUGAAAAUCUGACUUUAUUCUUGACAUAUCAACCUUAUUCUAAAAAACAUGUCCUCCCUUAAAGAUUUAAAAAAGGAGAACAUAACACUUAGGAUCCUAUUUAAAGUGAAAGGUUUUUAUUCAUAACACCUAGGCUUUCUGGCACGGCUCUACUGCGACACACUCAAUCAGCUGUUUAUGGUUUUGCCUCCAAGUCUGAGUAUGAUUCACUUUUAGAGUGUGAAUAUUAGGCCAUACAGCGUACAUUGUUUCAUGCAGUGUAGCUGAAAUUCGUUUGUUUGUCUCUAAACAUUGGCAUCAUUAAAUGAUAGACUGUUUGGUUGAAGCUAAAGGACACAACGUUAGCAAUAUAGCAUAUUGUGCUAUAUUCCAACACUUAUCAAGACAUUCUGUAUCUUUUAAUGGUUUGUGACACCAUUACUCACACUAAGGUUUAGUUUUGAGUGUGUGUGUGUGUUUGUGGGUGUGUGUGGAGCAGGCCUUAGGGUUGAGUUUGUGAGUCAGUUACAACACACUCUGAUUAGAUCUGUGUGACAUUAGCUGUUAGGCAACUUCUCAGGUUUUUACUUAUAGUUUUCUUACUAAUGCUGAGCCACCUGUUGACUCCAGCUGUCAUAAAACUGCAGAACAUGCCAAAUCUUAGGUGCUUUGCCUGUUACCGUAGCUUCAAAGGAGCGAGUGACGGCAGCAUGGAGAUAAAGUGGAGUAUGUAGAAUCAGAUUGAAGAUUAGGGCCUAGUUUCACCAUUCAAAGUUGGAGGAAAAUAGUUUUUACUUACUGUCGUGAAUGUUUUAAAUGUCUUUCUGUGUUAUAUAAAGGGAGCAUGACGAUGCCAAGACACUUUAGAUGUGAAAUAGCCGGGAUAGAGGCAAGACCGAGUCUGUACUGUAUUUAAAUUUGUUUUCUAAGAGUUGCCGAAAUGUACAGCGAAUAUUUGUACUGCUCUUGUAUUUGACGGCCUUUUAAUGCACAAGUAUUCCUCUACCUGCUGUGUAGUGAGUAGGCGCUAGCACCCAUGUAGGAAGAGUUUUAGCUCAGUCGAUCAUAUUUAGCCUUACAAGAAGACCUUGUUUAGUCUUUAAUCGGUUGUUUACAGGAUGUUUAUUGACUGCAUGCAUACCAAUGUCAUACCCAUGUUCGGCCUUAUUUAUGUUACGGUUAUAUUUAUGUUUCCUAGGCAGACUCGUCUACAAUGUUUGAGUUGUAGAUCGUCAAUGCAGUGGAGAAGAAAGUGUGUAUAUAAUGAACAGUUGUUGUGGUAUAUUUUCAUAAUGCGCGGGAAUCUUUUUUUUUCCGUCUUCCCUCGACCUGCAUCAUUGUUUGAAAAAGUGGAAGAUGUACCUUUUUAUAUAUAUAUAUGUAAUGUUUUUAUUACCCAUCUGUAAAUAUUUUUGUUAAUAUGGUUUUUCAGAUUUCUUUUUUGCAUGUCGAUGGAGGAACAGUAACUGAGGAUGUAGUACACAGAGGACUUGAACAUGUGAUGGUUUGUUUCAAUAUGGAUCUUUUUACAGGAAUAAAGUAUGUAUAUUUUCACAGAAAA